AUGACUCCGGCGGCUUUUUUGCCGGAGGCGGUUCACAGCAAGGCAGCCAAGGCGGCGGCAAGGUUGUCAUACCAGGACGAAUCAUUACGGCCCUUGACUAUCAAGCAGAUCCUCGACGCAGAGGAGCCCUACUCCGGCGCCGACUUCAAAGUCGACGGCGCCCCCAUCACGCAAAUCACAUUUGUCGGCCAGGUCCGCAGCAUAAACCCGCAACAGACGAACCUCACAAUCAAGGUCGACGACGGCACGGGCCAGAUCGACGUCAAGAAGUGGAUCGACGUCGACAAGCAGAGCGACGCAGAGCCCGGCUUCGAGAUUGACUCCCACAUCCGCGUUUGGGGCCGCCUCAAGUCCUUCUCCAACAAGCGGCACGUCGGCGCUCACGUCAUCCGGCCGGUGACGGACUUUAACGAGGUCAACUACCACAUGCUUGAGGCGACAUACGUACACCUGUUCUACACCCGCGGCGCCGUCGGCGGACCCAACGCAGGAGACGCCAACGGGGACAGCAUGUUCGUCGACGGCGGUGACGGAUACAAUGCCGGCGGCGGAGCGGCAGCGGCACAGACGGCCAGCAAGCUCUCGGGGUGCAGCAACAAGGCGAAGAACAUGUUUAUGUACCUCAAGAAGUCAUCGGACGGCACUGACGGAGUGCACUUGAAUAAGCUCACGGCGGAGCUGGGGCUGGGGCUGCGGGAUGUGAUGGAGGCGGCGGACGAGCUCAUGGGACUGGGGUUGAUAUAUACCACAAUCGACGAGGAGACAUGGGCGGUGUUGGAAUAUUAG